ACAUACAUAAUUACGCACAAGCGUGCAUACCCAUGUAUGGAUGUAUUUUACAUGCACGGGUGUGAUCUGGCGUUUGUCUUCCUCUUCUUUCUCCUGACCCCUGCGGAAUCCCCGCAGUUCACUGGAACUCGGGGAAUAGCGAGAUGAGUCAAAUAGCCUUUUUCUCUUCUCUGGAGGCUGGGUCCCAAAAAUCUGCAAUGCCUAUUCUCACAAGCAUCUAAUGAAGGGAGACUGAGAAGAUGAGCGAUAGAAUACAUGAACAAGGAAGGAACCGACAUACAAGAGAUGACGCUUCGGGAGCUACAGAGCGAUGCAUUUCUGUGUUUUGACAUACAGAGCGCUAGGAAGCUGGAGGGGAGAAAAGAAAGCCCGAAUCUAAAAUCCUCUGAGAUUAUUUUUCUAACUGCGCCGAGAAACCCCCGCUCAGCUUGCGCCCGGUGCGGGGUUAAGGAAUCCAAGAGAGUGCCGACCGAACGCACCGGCUGAAACUCGCGGCGCGCCAUUUAGCACUUUGCGCUUUGGUGGGGUUCGCGCUCCGAAGACAGGUCCACGCAACCAUUUUCCCAAGGGUUGUGCACGUUUCUUAAGCCGCCUAGCUGCUCCCUCGGAAGGGAAUUUCUAGAAGCUCCAUCUCUACUGCCUUCCCUCUCUCCGCCCCCCAGCUUUUUUUUUCCGGUUUUUACUCCCGCGAGGAGCUACUCCAGCUGUACAGCAUCCGCGCCGCCUACCGAGGGGCACAGGUGCCGCUGUCCCGGCUGCUGCCGCCGGUCCACCGACGCCACCUUCCUCUAGCCGGCCUGGGGGCUUGAUCCCCGAGUUGCUGCAUCGCGAAUGAUCUCGUGCCGGGGCACGGCGGCUGCUACCCGUCGCCAGGGACUCCCCGCCCUUGUGCGCGACCCCGCGCCUGGGCGGGCGGCGCUUGCGGCUGGCAGGGGGCGGGGAGGGGAGUAGGGUCUCGUCCGGGGGUAGCCGCUCCUCCGCAGCCUGCCAGAGCCUCGAAACCCGGACCUGCUUCCGCCUCUUCCUCCAGUAGCUUCAUCCCUCCUCCCGCUCCUCGUCCUCCCGUCGCCCCCUACCGCCGCUCCCCCGGUGGCUUCCUGGGCGGACCGACCGGGGAGGGGGCCCGCCGCGUCCGCCGCCGCCCGCUCGGCUCGGCCCGGCCCGGGAGGCGUGCAUGCCCCUGCUGCCCGCUGCGCUCACCAGCAGCAUGCUCUAUUUCCAGAUGGUGAUUAUGGCAGGGACGGUGAUGCUGGCAUACUACUUCGAGUACACGGACACGUUCACCGUGAACGUGCAGGGCUUCUUCUGCCACGACAGCGCCUACCGCAAGCCCUACCCGGGCCCAGAGGACAGCAGCGCCGUGCCCCCGGUGCUCCUCUACUCGCUGGCCGCCGGGGUCCCCGUGCUCGUGAUAAUAGUUGGAGAAACUGCUGUGUUUUGCCUACAACUAGCCACAAGGGAUUUUGAAAAUCAGGAAAAAACUAUUUUAACUGGAGACUGUUGCUAUAUAAACCCACUGGUACGCCGCACUAUCCGAUUUCUUGGAAUUUAUACAUUUGGACUAUUUGCAACAGAUAUCUUUGUAAAUGCUGGACAAGUAGUUACAGGAAAUCUGGCUCCACAUUUUCUUGCCCUGUGUAAACCCAACUAUACAGCACUUGGAUGUCAACAGUACACACAGUUCAUCAUUGGCGAAGAGGCCUGUACUGGAAACCCAGAUCUCAUCAUGAGAGCAAGGAAAACAUUUCCAUCCAAAGAAGCAGCUCUCAGUGUCUAUGCAGCUAUGUAUCUGGCAAUGUACAUUACCAACACAAUCAAAGCCAAAGGAACAAGACUUGCUAAGCCAGUUCUGUGUUUGGGCUUAAUGUGUUUGGCCUUUCUUACUGGACUCAACAGAGUAGCAGAGUAUCGAAAUCAUUGGUCAGAUGUGAUAGCAGGUUUGGUUGGAAUAUCUAUAGCAGUGUUCUGGUUGUGUGUGUGGUAAAUAAUUUCAAAGGAAGACAACCAGAAAAUGAGCAUAUACAUAUGGAUAAUCUGGCACAGAUGCCAAUGAUCAGCAUUCCUCGAGUAGAAAGUCCUUUGGAAAAGGUAACAUCUGUACAGAACCACAUUACCGCCUUUGCAGAAGUCACAUGAUAUUGAAGCAGACGGUUUUUCACUGCAUUGGACAUCAUCCCUUUUCACCAUCCACUCAUAACACCCAAAGUUUGUUUGAUCACAAAAGAAGUUUAUAAAGUUGUCUAAAAUUUUUAUAAUUUUAAAAUCAGUGUCAACCUAUCUGUUUCCCCCACUAGACUGUGAGCUCCUCAAGGGCAGGACCAUGUCAUUUUUCUCUGUAUCCCCAGCGCCUACAAAAUCACCUAGCACAAAGUAGGUGUUCAAUAAAAAUGUGGUGACUGAAUGAGCAAAUUAAUUCAUAAAUAAAACAUUCACUUUAGUUUCUCACAGAAUCAUUGCAACUGUGUGAAAAGAAACUUUGAAAUGAGUCAUAUUUGUGCAAGAAAACCCUCUAUUUUGGACUAGUUAAGCUUUUUGAUUUUUUGUAUAUCUAUUCAACAAUAUGCCAUAUUUAGGUUGAAGUGGACAUUGAAAGUCAUGGGGGUUUCAUUUUCUUAUUCAGCAUGACAUUAUUUCCAUUCUAACAGAUUUCAGUGUGUGAAAUUGCUUUACUUUUAGAAAGUAUGUUCUACACUAAAACAAUGUUUGCACAUUAUAUUAUGCUAUAUUUCACUUUAAAAUACCAUUCAUACUUUACAUUCUAAGACUGGUGCUUCUGCUUUUGAAGGGGAAAAUGCCAAUUUUUACUGUAAUAAGUAAUGUAUCAUAUUAAAAAUUAUUUAUUUGGACUUUU